CAAUCUACUGGGGAAUCUCCGUUUUUCCUCAUGUUUGGUCGUGAGGCAAGGCUCCCUGUUGACUUCUUGCUGGGAAGAGUGCAGGAUCCUGUUGAUGGGACGGUGAAUGACUGGGUCCGAGAGCAUCAGACCCGGUUACAUGUGGCUUUUGAUGGCGUCCGAGACCGGCUGAGGGAGACCGCCCAGCGCCGGAAGGAAAACCAUGACCAAUCUGUCCAGUCAGAACCACUGGUGGUGGGCCAGUCAGUGAUUCUAAAGGAGUUUGGUUGGAAGGGUCGUCAUAAGAUCCAGGACAGGUGGAAUCCGGUGGUGCAUCGAGUGAUUAGAGCUCCCCCCGGCAAUGGUGCGGUGUAUACAGUUGCACCAGAGGACGACCCUGCCAAAAUCAAACGGGUACAUCGAACACUGCUUAAAGCCAUAGUUGGGAGGGCUGCUUUAGGCGACAACCCCGCUCCUCUUCCUAUCCCACUUGGCUGUCCGGCAGUGUCUGAGAGCUCAUCUGACGAUGAGGACUUGAUGGCUGUGGUAAGGGAUCCCCUUCUCCCACCAGCUGAACACUCUGCUGGAGGAGCCCAACCGGCUCCUGCACCAGUGACACUCGUAGCUUCGACAGUCCCAUUGCACCCCGUUCUUUUGACUUCUUCAGUCGCUCCCUUGGCUGUCCCUCAUUCAGGGAAUGAUGAAGUUGUCCGGCGACGGACCACCCGAUCUACCGCUGGACACCACUCAAACCUUCAUCACUUACCCAGGCCUGCCAAUGAGGUUGCUCAGGCGGGGCCUUCAGCCGUCCAAUCAAGUGCUGUGUCUGCUUUCUUUAGACCAUGGUCUUAGAGUUGAGAUCUUGUGCAUCGUCGGGUCGACGAUGAAAAUGGGGGGGGGUGGAUUGUAGUGGUAUGAGGCACCACUGAUUUAGUUUGUUUGACUGCACCCCGGCCCUCUGACUUAUUAGCCAAUCACUGCGCUUACCGAGGGGAGAAAAGUAGGCUGUGUCCCUCCUCCUGAUCUCUCGCUUCCGGGUCGUUGUAUGUGCCGCUAGCAUCCGAGCACAGAUCCGGCGUCUUCACCGCGGUCGAGCCGAUCAGUCGGGGCGGUGUUUAUUGCCGCAACCAGAGCAUUGGUGAGUGAUGACAUGCUUCUGUUGUUUGCUGCUAUAGCCAGGGGCUAAGCUCCUCUUUCGCUCCUCUCCCUCUAACAGUCUGCUGGUUGUGUGCUGCAUGGUGGCUGUUUUCCCUGCCACGCCUGAAUUCUUCACCCCUCUCCCUCUUUGGACGGGAUGCCAAUGCACCCGGACUUAUAACUGGAACUUUAAAGCUAACGCUAGCGAUAACGCUAACGCUAAGGCUAACGUCAACGCCAAGUGU